CUCUUACAGGGGUCCCUGAGCUCCCCUUUCAGCAGAAGCAGUUAGGUCCGAUGGGCUGAAUGGGGCUUUCCUGCUACCAAGAUGUCAUUGCCACCGACAGUGACCUCCGGGCCGGAGCUGCACAGCCCUGAGGGGGCUGCGAAGAAGCUGCAGACCCUACCAGUGCGGGGUACUUGGCGGGCAAGCAGUGAAGGCACGCCCAGCACCCACCGUGAGGACACUCGGCCCGGCCUGGGCACCCUUCGGUGGGCUUUCUCCCGGACAAGCCAGCGGGCCUCAGGCCAGGCCCUCGAGGAGGACCUGGGCCUGUUCCAGCGCAGCUCCCGCUUCCUGUUCCGGUCCUUACGGCGUGCCCAGGAUAAUGGCUCCCCUGCCCACCAGCCCCAGGCCACUGCUGUGCCAGGGGUGACCCAUGGCCCAGAGGUGCCCUCUAGGGUCAUGGAUGGGGGCCGCCGGCAGUCCUCCGCUGGGGUGGGGCCUGAGGAACUGGAACCUGAGGCAGAGGGCAAAUCUGUGGCCGAUCUCAUCACCGAGCGGCAGCUGCUGCGGGCCUUCGAACAGCUGCGGCAGCUGGAGGUGCGGCUCGUGGCCGAGAAGGCCUCGCACACCUUCGAGGAGGACCCCACCGGCUUCGCGCGGCGCGCCAUGGACGUGUGCCUGCACUACGACGGGCUGGCGGCUGAGAUCGGCGCCAUCGUGCGCGAGACGCUGGGCCCGGACGGCGUGGACGCGGCGGCGCUGGGCGACCUGGCCCGCGUGGUGCGCGCGGAGGAGGCGGCCCACCCGGUGCCCCCGGCCGACGGCGACUUCCUGCUCACCCCGCGCCGCUGGCGCCAGCACUGGGAGGACGCGGUGAGGCGCAGCGCGCAGGAGCGCGUGCGGCAGGCGGGCGCCGGGGAGGCUCGGGGGGCAGCCGAGGCCGAGGGCGCAUCGGGCCUGGCCCAGCUUCUGGCCGAGCUCGGCGGCUUGGUUCGCAGCGACCUGCACAAGGUGCGGCAGGAGGUGCAGCCGGCUUACUCGGCCGCCGGCCUCCCGGCGUGGGAGGCUUACCUGCGCGCCUUCCACGGCGCGGUGGCCCAGCGCCUGCAGGAGCUCGCACAGGACGCCCGGGGCUGCGAGCAGCUCUAUGUCCUGUUGGACUGGGCGGCCAAUGUCUAUGGCAGUCCUGACUUCCUGGGUGCCCCGGACCUGACUCUGGCCACAGAGCCACUACCCCCACUCCUGGCACCUGCCUUGUGGGCCCGCCUGCAGAGUGACUACACCAGCUUCCUAGAGACCAAGAUCACGAGCUGCUUCGAUAGCAUCCUGCAGCUAGAACAGAGUCGUUGGGCGGACGCUGAGGCCCCCGAUGUGCUACAGGGCCUCUACCACACGCCGCUGUCCAUUGAUGUCCACAUGCUCGUGGCAGAGCACGUGAAGGCGGCCGGUGCCAUCUCUGCGGAACUGGAGGCCACCACCCUGUGCAUCUGCACGCGGGCGCUCAGCCUCUUCUUGCCCAGGUUUGAAAAGGCUUUUCUAGAGUCGAAGGCAGUGAACGAGCCUCAUCUGGGCGCCAAUAUCAACGCCUGCGAGGAGCUCAGGACCCAUCUUCUGGCCAGGUUCCCAGGAACCUUUGAAGAGCUGGAGAAACCUCUAGCGGCUGCCACCUGCACCUUCCAGAAGCGGCUGCUCCAGGGCCUGCAGUGUGAUGUGCAACCGCUUUUCAGGGUCCUGUGCACCAAGGCCUGGCUGACACAGGACGUGCUGCAGCCGAUCAUGGACAAGGUGGUGGCCUUUGCCCGCCAUUUGGAGCACGUGGCCCCACUGCGGGCGCAGGAGACUCUGCAGGAGGUGCAUCGGUAUGUGGUCCGUGAGUACCUGGCCCAGGUGCUGAGGCCGCGUGAGCGGUUCCGGGGUGAGGAGCGCAUGACUGGCUCCCAGAAGAUGGGCCUCGACGCCCAGGCCAUUGGUGACACCUUCCAGGGCUUGGGCUCUGAGGCCACGUGGCUGGACCAGGCUAUCCCGUGUGUGGCUGACAUCCUGGGCGAGACUUACAAAGAUGACAUCCGGAGGCACCUGGAGACACUCAUCGGGAGCUACCCUGACAUCAGGCGGGACCACGUGCUGGCCAUUCUGGCUCUGCGCAGACUGGGCCACCGGCGGAACCAGCGCCUCCUGCAGCAUGCCCAGUACCUGCUGAGGGCUGCGGCCAAGGCGGGCGGCUCCGCGGCUGCUGGGGGCCACGUGCUCUUCGAAGAGAUCGAGGUGUCUACCUCCAUGGACCUGCUGAUCACCUGCAUCUAA